CAACAGUCUCAACAACAAGAAUAUUUUAUCUCUCAUCAAAUAUUACUACAACAACAAUUUAUUACUAUUCGAAUCUAGACUAAAAUUUUUAACACAUCAAACGAUGCCUUGCUUUAAAGAACAAUCAGCAGAAUCCACCAAAAACAAGGAAAUUAAUGCUAAAUUGACUAGGGAUAAUCAAAAACAAAAGUCAGAGUUGAAACUUUUGUUACUAGGAGCUGGUGAAUCAGGGAAAUCCACCAUCUUUAAACAAAUGAAAAUUAUUCACCACAAAGGCUACACACCAGAAGAAUGUAUACGUUUCAAAGAUGUUAUCUAUGGAAAUACUUUACAAUCCAUCAGAGUUUUGAUCGAAGCAAUGCAAACUCUGAAUCCACAAAUUUCAUUUUCAAAUUCAUCAAAUAUCGAACGUGCAGAAAAGUUUACCAGAAUUCCAGAACAACAAAUUAUUCUCAAUGCUGGAAGUAUAAUUUCACCUGAACUCGGAAAGGAUAUUAAAUUACUGUGGUCUGAUGCUGGUAUUCAAGAAGCUUAUAGGAGAAGAAGUGAAUAUCAAUUGAAUGAUUCUGCUGAAUAUUAUUUGAGAGAUAUUGAAAGAUUGACAAGUAACAAUUAUCAACCAACCCAACAAGAUGUUCUCCGUUCAAGAGUCAAGACAGUUGGUAUCGUAGAAGCAGAUUUUAGUAUUGAAGGAUACAAAUUCAAGAUGAUUGACGUUGGUGGUCAAAGAAACGAAAGAAGAAAAUGGAUUCACUGUUUUGAUGAUGUUACAGCAAUUAUUUUCGUUGCUGCAUUGAGUGAAUACGAUCAAGUUUUAUUUGAAGAUAAGGAUAUGAAUCGUAUGAUUGAAUCAUUGACUCUUUUUACUGAAAUUUGUCAAUCUCGUUACUUUAAAACAACUCCACUUAUUAUUUUCUUCAAUAAGAAUGACUUGUUUGAAGAGAAAAUCAAAGUUAAGGAUUUGGACAAGUGUUUCCCUGAAUAUACAGGUGGACGAGAUGUUGGUAAGGCCAGAACUUACAUUAUGGAUCAAUUCAUUUCUCGAGCUGGAGCUGCCAAAUCUCAAAGUUCAAAGACAGGACGUCAACUUUAUCAUCACAUAACUUGUGCCACAGAUACAGGUACAAUGAAAAAAGUUUUGGAUGAUGUCAAAAACAGUAUUAUCGUAGAUUAUAUGAAAGAUAUGAACAUGUUGUAAUUUACAAUGAGAGAAUCCUUACUUGUUCACCACCACCACCACUUAUUCGUCUUGUUACGUCUGACAUCAUUUACAAUAAUUUACUCUACCUUUAUCUCUUUUCACAGAGACAACUCUCCUAAAAUAAUUCUUCACAAUAACUGUGUAAAAUAAUCCCAUCACCAUUUAAUCUUAUUAAAAAAUUAUGUUUAUUUAAGCAAGGUUUUAAAGUGUUGAAUCAGAUUGUUGUAAGAUUCAAUAGUAGUAGAAAGGUCUUCUCUCGCAAGGAUUCGAUACUAUAUAAAUAUUUAAUUGAAUG